AAAAAACUCGCAAAAAAAAAAAAAAGCAGGGAACUAGCCCAGGGGACGUUUCACGACAGGAAGCCCUAGCUAUGCUUCACGAAAGAUUGUCUUCGAUUCUUCGUUGCCCUUCGGUUGGAAUUUGAUAUUCCAGGCAUUCAUACAAUGGUUCAGUUGUUUCUCUCGAGACCCAUGUGGGGUGACAGUGGAGAAGAAGAUGACUCUUUCGAGCCAAGAAUCUCACUCUUGAAUAAAUUGGAAUCUGUUUUAUGGUUAUUGAUCUUGUCAUCUGGCAGUCGGUCUGAGGCUCGACUAUGGCUUUGCAACACGAUAUCAGGGAUUCGUUCAAUAGCUCCUCGCCAUCAGCUGGAGCUGUUCGUGACUCUUUUGAGGACGAAGAAACUAAAGGGGCGCCUUGCCACCCAACUGUUGCAAAUGUUCUUUGAGAAGAGGCCACAUAAAGCAGGAAGCGUACUAGCAAAGAAAAGUUACAUGCUUGAGGAUUUCUUUAGAGGAAAUUCAAGGCGUAUAUCCCAGUGGUUUUCUAAUUUCUGUAGUGUUGGUGGCGGGUUGGAGGUCAGAAAAGGUGCUAAGGCAAUAUCUCAAUUUGCUUUUGUAAAUCGGGACAUUUGUUGGGAGGAACUUGAGUGGAAGGGGAAACAUGGGCAAUCACCUGCAAUGGUUGCUACAAAACCUCAUUAUUUCCUUGAUUUGGAUGUUCAACGGACGGUCAAUAAUUUCAUUGAAAAUGUGCCUGAAUUUUGGUCAUCAAAUGAGUUUGCCGAGUCACUGAAAGAUGGUGAAAUUUUGUCAACUGAUAUCAAUUUUUUUGUAGAUUUUUUUGUUGACUUAAUGUAUAAAGAGGAUUCAAAAGAAAUAUGGGAAGUCAUAAAUGAGUUUUUAGAGGAAGAAUCUUUCUCCUCUCUUUGUCAUCAUAGUCUUAUUGUUCUUCAAGAGGAGGACAUCUGCAUCUUUCUUCAAUUGAUUAAGAAAUAUCUCAACCCAAGAAUGGAGCCUAAGGAUUUUGAUAACCCAUCUUGCUGGCUUGAGAUUGUUCUUUCCAGAUGCAAUGAUUGCGCAUCUAUUGAUCAGUUACUUUUUCUAAAUGCGGUUAUUAAUCAAGGACGCCAACUUAUGCGGCUUUUAAGUGAUGAAGAGGCCCAAGAGGAGAAGGCACAAAUCAAAGGUAUUGUGUUGCGGAUUUGUACAACUUCAAACAAUUCUAAUAGUUUGGCCCCCAUUGUGAAAGAGUGGUUAAAAACAAAGACCAUAAAAGUGAUCAAAUGGUUGGGCCUCCAGUCUUGGGUUCUUCAUUAUAUUUUGUUGGAGGAAUGCCAGACUCCUGCUUCAUGGGAAUCAUUGUUUGUUGAUAAUGGAAUUGGUUUUGAAAAAUCUGAGGAAUAUGCAUUGCUACAUCAUGAUGGCUUUUCAGAAGAAAUUGGGUCUGAUUUGGAAGAUGGAGCAUCGGUUAGAUCUAAACGGAAGAAGAAAGGGAAAACUAGGAAGAAGAGGAGAAGAACCUUUGGCAGCUAUGAUGAUGAGCUUUUGGAUCCUGAUAUGUCAACCAGUAGGCGGCAAUCUAGGGCUGGGAGUUGGUUUCUCUCAACUGAUGAGUAUUCUACUUUGUGGAACAGUGCAGAUUUACCUGAUCAUCUAUCUAAGCAUUGUUUGUCUACAUGGAUGAAGUGGCUUUUCCCCCUAGAGUGAUAUGCCACCAUUCCUUCAACAUGGACUGAAAACUGGUACUCUCCAGUGUAGGAGAGCAAGAUUAUUAAUAUAAUUUACAAUCUGGUGGAGGAAUGGAAGGGCAGAUGUUGUCUUCAACUGUUGCCAUUCUAAUGGCGAUUUUCGAAAUGGCUUUCAUUAAGUUCCUUUCAGAUGGGUAGAGGAAUAUGUUUGGUGAUUGUAUUCGAUGAGAAAAGUUUCUCCACAUGGCCUUGUUUCUCAAUUCCAAGACUAUGCUCAGGAAUGUUAUGGCUUCCCCCUCACUUCAGUGCUUCCUUAUUUCUAUUCAUCACUUCUCCUAGUACUAGUAGUUUGUGGUAACUCUGUGUUGCUUUGCUCGUCAAGAAUCUUUGUGCAUACGGUACAUAUCUUGUCUCCAUUCUGCAGCAGCAUUUGGUGUGGAGAGGAGAGGAUGUAGACGUGAAGGAUUUGACCUGGAGGAUAACUAGGGCAAUUCAAUCCCUGCACUGAAGAAAAAAUCAGAAGCUUUUUGUGCAUUUAAAAGCGUCAAGGCUCAUGUGGAAAAUGAAACAAGAAAGACGAUUAAGACCCUUUGAACAGAUCAUGGUGCAGAAUAUUGCUCAAUCGAAUUUGAAGUUUUUUGUGAAGUUCAUGGCAUUCGAAGAGCGCUGACAGCUGCUUAUACACCACAACAAAAUGGUGUAUCAGAGAGGAAAAACAGAACCAUCCUCAAUAUGGUGAGAAGCUUGUUGGCUAGAGGGAGAAUUCUAAAACUGUUUUGGCCUGAAGCAGUAAAUUGGAGUAUUCACAUCUUGAAUAGAAGUCCUACAUUUCCUGUUCAAAAUAUGACACUAGAGGAGGCUUGGAGUGGAAGGAAAUCAGGUGUAGAUUAUUUUAAAAUUUUUGGCUGCAUCGCUUAUGCACAUAUCCCGGAUGAAAAAAGGAAGAAACUUGAUGAUAAAGGAGAAAAAUGUGUCUUUCUUGGUGUUAGUGAAGCAUCCAAAGCAUAUAGAUUGUUUAAUCCACUAACCAAGAAGAUUGUGACUAGGCGAGAUGUUGUCUUUGAUGAGGAAAACACUUGGGAUUGGAAUAGGUAGCAACCUACUCAAGUUCUUUUUGACAAUGAUUCUGAAAGAGAGCCAAUUCCAACAGCAUUUAUGCCUAAAAAUUCAUCAGAAGCAACUCCAACAGCUGCUGAAAUUUUGCCAACAGCAGCAGAAGCUAUUGAUACAACUGCUCAAUCUCUUCGUCGUAUUCGAAAAAGGCCCGCAUGGAUGGAAGACUACGAGGUAAUUGAAAUUAAAGAUCCAAAUUUCUCAUUUUGCUUUAUUUUCAGAUUGUAAUCCUACAACUUUUGAAAGUGCCGUCAAAGAAGCAAAAUGGCGAAAGGCAAUGGAUGAUGAAAUUGAUGCUAUUGAAAGAAAUGAUACUUGGGAGCUGACUGAUCUUCCGAAAGGGCGCAAAACCAUUGGUGUAAAGUGGGUCUUCAAAACAAAACUAAAAGAAAAUGGUGAAGUUGAUAAGUAUAAGACGCGUUUGGUAGCAAAGGGAUAUAAGUAGGAAUAUGGGAUCGAUUAUACAAAAGUUUUUGCUCCCGUUGCAAGACAUGAUACAAUCAAAUUAAUGAUCGCAUUGGCGGCGCAGAACUCGUGGCCUAUUUUCCAGCUGGAUGUCAAAUCGGCAUUCUUACAUGGAAACUUGGAGGAACAGGUAUUUGUAGAACGACCCCUUGGUUAUAUUAAGAUCGGAAAUGAGCAUAAAAUGUAUAAAUUAAAGAAAACUCUUUAUGGAUUAAAACAAGCUCCACGAGCUUGGUAUAGUCGCAUUGACACUUAUUUUUUGAAAGAAGGCUUUCACAAAUGUCCAUAUGAGCACACACUUUUUGUUAAAAUUGGAGAUAAAGGGAAAUUGCUCAUUGUUUGCUUAUAUGUAGACGAUCUUAUAUUUACUGGAAAUCAUGGUGUCAUGUUUAAAG